CACGCGCGUGUAAAAGAAACUCUCUCUCUGCAUCGGAUUUCCUUGGUCGGAGGAUCGAUAACCCCGCUUCUUGUGAGACCAAAUCAAUAGAGCAACCCACACCAAUCUCGAUCUCAAUCCCAAUCCAAUCACCAACCUCGAUCCCAAUUCAAUCGAAGUCGCAGGUCGCAGGAUGCCUCCGCCGCGUGAGCACCACCAGCCCCAGGAGGAGGAGGACGACGACGACACGGCAGGCGUCGUCAAGCUCAUCAGCGCGGAGGGCUUCGAAUUCGUCGUCGACAAGAAGGCCGCCAUGGUCUCCAACACCCUCCGCAACAUGCUCACAUCGCCAGGCGGCUUCUCCGAGACGCGCCAGGGCGAGGUCCGCUUCCCGGAGAUCCCCACCCACAUCCUCGAGAAGAUCUGCCAGUAUUUCUACUGGUCGCUCCAUUACUCCAGUGGGAAGGAGACAGCUGAGUUUCAGAUUGAACCGGAGAUCACCCUGGAGUUGAUGAUGGCCGCAAACUACCUGGACACUUGAUGGGGAACCUGAGGGAUCUAAUCCUAGUAUGUUAUGAAAUAUGAAAGAACAAAGUAAUGUAUCCAGCAUCCACUGGAUGAAAUGGUUGUUUUUUUGCUGGGUCUGAUCUGAUCCGAGCCAGAGUAGUUUCGCGCAAUGUAACAUAACAAUGUAAGCAUGACAGGGGGGAAGCAGAAGCCAAGGAAGACAUGUGCAAUUUAAAGUGCGUGCUACUAUCAACUCUUUUAGUUUUAGAAUAUACAUACUCUGUUACUGCUAGUAGUUUGUUGCCUCCUGUGAAGCUGACUGCUGCUGCUGUUUGAUGUAUUGUAUUACCUACUGGCGCAUUUGCUGGGUGACUGAUGGUGAUAGGGAUAUGGAUAUGGAUAUAUAUGCCACCAUAUAGGUACAUACCAGUUA